AUGCGCACCGUCACCCACGCGUUCGGCGACGCGUCCGCGGCGCCGGGCGGCGGCGGGAAGUGGGCGGCGGGGCGGGAGGUGUGCUGGAUGCUGUUCGAGCACUGCGACCGCGGCACGAUUGGGGUCGCGCUGACGGCGCUGGAGGUGGCGGGCGCGAUGGCCUACCUGCAUAAGCGCGGCGUCGUGCAUGGGGACCUGUGCGGCGGCAACAUUAUGCUGCAGGCCGCCCCCUCCGCGCCCGGCGCGCCGCCCGCGUUCCCCGCCGCGCGCGUCGGCGACUUUGGGCUGUGCCGGCGGCUGGCGGCGCCGGGGGAGCGGCUGCGGCUGAGCAGGGACGGGUACGGCACGGUGACGCACGUGGCUCCAGAGGUGCUCCUUGAGGGGGCGAUCACGCAGGCCUCGGACGUUUACUCAUUCGGAGUCAUGCUGCAGGAGAUGCUCACUGGCACCCGCGCCUGGGCCGGCCUCAGCCACACCGCGGUGGUCCUCCAGGUGUCAGCUCUGGGGAGAUCUCUGGAGGUGCCCGCCGGCCUUCCGCCCGCCCUCGACGAUCUCGCCCGCGGCUGCCUCGCCCGCGACCCCGCCGCGCGCCCGACGUUCGCGGAAGCCGCCGCGAAGCUGGCGGGAUGGCUGCAGGCGACGCGGGGGGACGACCUAAGUGGAACGAUGGUCGGCAGGCGGGAGCCGGGGUUGGUGGGGGAGGAGAUCGGCGGGGCCUUUGGCGGGAUGGGGGGAGUUGUCGGCGCCUGCGGGAUGGGCGUGGGGCCGGCGGCCUGA